UGGAAGGAAAAUAAAAAAGCUACUAAUCGACGCGCCGUUCGAUCUGACACGAAACUGGAAACGCCAAGGCCACAGAGGACGCUGACUGAGCCAUGAUUGUUGUGGUGGACUUCUUCAUACGGCGUGAGUGUGAUGACAGAAAGGUGAAUAUCGGUGCAAGGAAUGCUGGAUCUGGUUUAAAGUGGAUGGCUGAAGGGCUGGAAUCGUGACACAAGUGAUGCAGAGGCCAAACCAGCUGAAGUUAGAAGUUUGACCGCAGUUCAUCAGAUCAAGAAUAAUGAUGGAAGAUCAAAAUGUGUAGCAACUGAAGUGAAGUCAAACUGGAUCAACAUUAGGUUUAGAAUAAAACACAAUAUUUUGUUCCAGUGAAAGCGUAACAAUCACAUGCUCAGGAAAACAAUAAAAACAGUGAACCUAGUUCAAACGUAUAAGGGCAUCCUUGGGGAACAUUGCCCCACUAGGAGGUCCUUUGCCCCCAUGUAACUCAGUAAAGGAGUGACAGUAAGAUCAUCUUGUUUGUGAUAAACUGUGACGUAUGACACAGGAAGUAGAUGAAACAAUAAAAGCACCUCUGCAUUUAAAUACAAGCAGGUGAGAAAUGGAGACUGGGUUUGUCUUUACUGCCCUCAACUUAAUAUUGUGCUUGUUGGAGCUGACGUCUGUUGUUGUGCUGGGUGCAGUUCGGAAUGGUGUAAAACAAAAUAGUGAACAGCUAAAGGAUCAGACGGAUGCUGAUGUCAAUACCGGGACUUUCUCAAACAAAUGUAGCCUGCAGCAUAGCCCUAUCUCACCCGCAUUCUCACUGGAUGGAGACUUUGUUAUUGGAGGCGUUUUCUUUUUUCACUUCAAACUGCACACAGGGGUUAAAGACUACAGCACCAAGCCUGAGUCUCUGAGAUGCACAGGGAGCCUUAUUGCCCGAGAACUGCGUUUCUCUCGAGCGAUGAUCUUUGCCAUCGAGGAGAUCAACAACAGCACCGAGCUGCUGCCAGGCAUCAGACUUGGAUAUCAGCUCUAUGAUUCAUGUGCAUCCGUCCUCAUGGCUUCACAUAUUUCAUUUCAAAUUUUAAAUGGUCAGGACCCUGUGUUUGACAGUAACAGCAACUGUUCCCACUCUGGUGAGGUGGUUGCUGUUGUUGGAGACUCUGGAUCCACACCUUCCAUCAGCAUUUCUCGCAUCAUUGGAUCUUUCAACAUACCAAUGGUCAGCCACUUUGCCACCUGUGCCUGUCUGUCAAAUAAGCAGCAGUUCCCAACGUUUUUCAGAACAAUUCCCAGUGACCAGUUCCAGGCUGAUGCACUGGCCAAGCUGGUGAAACACUUUGGAUGGACUUGGAUAGGUGCUGUCCGCUCAGACUCAGAUUAUGGAAAUUAUGGGAUGAAGUCUUUUCUGGCUGCAGCACAGAGAGAAGGAAUCUGUGUGGAAUAUUCUGAGUCUUUGUAUCGCACCGACUCACAGAACAAGAUCCAGAGAGUAGCUGAUGUCAUCCGCAGGUCAACAGCACGGAUUAUUGUUGCAUUCAUGGAGUCUGGAGAUUUGACUGUUCUUUUAGAAGAGCUGGCCCAGGAGCCUCCACCACCUCGUCAGUGGAUCGGAAGUGAGGGCUGGAUCACUGACCCUCAACUGAUGGCGUACAGUCUCUGUGCAGGAGCCAUCGGGUUUGCUAUCCAGCGAUCCGUCAUCCCAGGUCUGAGAGAGUUCCUGCUGGAUCUUUCUCCCUCUGAAGCAGCUGCCUCCUCUGUGCUGACUGAGUUCUGGGAGGAUGCGUUCAACUGCAGCUUGGCAGAAAUAACGAAAUCAGACAAAAGAGUGUGUGAUGGAACCGAAGACAUAAAGACACUGAACAGCCCGUACACUGAUACAUCUCAGUUGAGAAUCACUAACAUGGUGUACAAGGCUGUUUAUGCUAUAGCCCAUGCUAUUCACAAUGCUGUGUGUCACGAAACAAGUUUCACAACUAAGUGUGAAAAAUUUAUUAGAGUUGAGCUUAAACAGUUUAUUUCUGUUAUGAAGAAAAUCAACAUUUCCCAUAACGGCUAUCCUGUAUCAUUUGAUGCUAAUGGGGAUCCUGUAGCUUUUUAUGAGCUGGUCAACUGGCAGAAGAGUGAGAGUGGAGUUAUUGAUCUGGUAACAGUAGGGUACUAUGAUGCAUCACUGCCUAAAGGACAGGAGUUUCAGAUCAACAGGAACAUAACCUGGGUGGAUGGUGGCACACAACUCCCAGUAUCGGUGUGUUCUGAGAGUUGUCCUCCAGGAACUCAUAAAGUCCUGCAGAAAGGAAAACCCAUCUGCUGCUAUGAUUGUAUACCAUGUCCUGAAGGAGAGAUUAGUAACACGACAGAUUCUCCAGACUGUUCCCCGUGUCCCAGUGAAUUGUGGCCUAAUGCACAAAGAGACGCUUGUUUCCCCAAACCUGUGGAGUUUCUUUCCUAUGAUGAAGUCCUGGCAAUCAUCCUGGCUGCAUUCUCUGUUAGUGGGGCCUGUCUGGCCAUCAUAACAGCAGCUAUUUUCUUUCAUCACAGAACAACUCCAAUUGUCAGAGCCAACAACUCUGAGCUGAGCUUCCUGCUGCUCUUCUCUCUGACUCUGUGUUUCUUAUGUUCAUUAACUUUCAUCGGAGCUCCCUCUGAUUGGUCCUGCAUGCUGCGACACACAGCGUUUGGUAUCACCUUUGUUCUCUGUAUCUCCUGUGUUCUUGGCAAAACUGUAGUGGUUUUAAUGGCCUUUAAAGCUACACUUCCAGGUAGUAAUGUCAUGAAAUGGUUUGGGCCUCCACAGCAAAGAAUGACUGUUGUGUUUUUUACUUUAAUUCAAAUCAUAAUCUGUACGGUGUGGUUGUUACUCAGCCCUCCAUUCCCAAUGAAGAAUCUGAGCACAUACAAGGAGAAGAUCAUCCUGGAAUGUGCAUUAGGUUCUGCUGUUGGGUUCUGGGCUGUGCUCGGGUACAUUGGCCUGCUGGCUGUUUUCUGCUUUGUGUUAGCUGUUCUAGCUCGGAAACUACCUGAUAAUUUUAAUGAAGCCAAGCUGAUAACCUUCAGCAUGCUGAUAUUCUGUGCAGUGUGGCUCACCUUCAUCCCAGCAUAUGUCAGCUCUCCUGGGAAAUUUACUGUAGCUGUGGAGAUAUUUGCUAUUCUGGCCUCCAGUUUUGGGCUGAUUCUGUGUAUAUUUGCUCCAAAGUGUUUCAUCAUCUUAUUUCAGCCUGAGAAGAACUCUAAGAAAUCAUUCAUGAGUAAAAAAUAAAGAUAUACAUGUACUGGUCAUAAAAUUAGAAUAUCAUGACAAAUUUGAUUUAAUACAACAAUCCCAUUUAAAAAGUGAAAUUUAAAUUUCAAAUGAAUUCGUUACACACAAAUCCAUUCUUCUUUCAAUGUUUAUAAUUAUAACUAAGAAUGAAUGAAAAUUCUGUAUUUUAGAAUAUUUGAUUAUCAAUUAAAACUAAUCCAAAAAAGGAGUUUUAGAAAUGUUGGCCAACUGAAAAAUAUUAACACGUGCAGCACUUAAUAUUUAGUUUGGGUUCCUUUGGCCUGGAUCA